AUAAGAGCGAACUGAAUAGUCUAGAGCCGAUCUUCGCCGCAGUUGGUAGCAAGCGGAUGUAGAAAGUGAAACCGAAGAAAGUCGCGCUGUGUUAUCUCGUAAAGCCUACGGCAUCGUCGAUUUCGCAUCCCCAUACCCGUUAAUCAAAACAAAGCGAGCGAGUGAGAGAGAACGAAAGAUCGAACGAUGAUCAAUCCGCGACUUUUGCUGAUCGCCGUGCUCUUUGCGCUUAUUGGAAAAGUGGCACGCGCCCAAAUCGCUUUUGUCGAGGACCAAGACAUUGAUAAGAAGAAGGCCAACCUUGCGGGUCGCAAGCCGCUAUAUUCCCCAGCUCGAUGCCCCAAGUAUCAGCUUCUUUAUCCGGGGGACCAGCAGAAGCAAAACGAUUGGGUCUGCGACUGCGCGCCAGCCACAUUAUAUUACCCUGAGACAGAUGGCUGCUAUCCGGCAUAUCGUCAGGGACCCUGUGAGGCGGGCCAAAUGCUGGUGCUCUACAAGGAACGGGUUAUACCGGAGUGCGUCCGUAAUCCGUGUAGCAAAGAUGGACAUUUUAUGAUCCGCGACACCUGUUACGAGUUCGGCAACACCAAACACGAGGAGAAUCCGUGUCCUUACAAAGAAGCCACAUAUGUGCUCGGUGUGAAUCCCACUAACUUAAUGGUGGACUGUGUAAAGUUGUCCGUUCAACUGGAUACACGCAUUUCGGACGCGACGGAGCAGGCUCCGCCGGAAUACUAUAUUGAACUGGCCGAGAAGUGCGCCCGUGGGAGUCGUCUUUUGGCCAAUGGGCAGUGUUCCUAAAGAAUUAUGUAUUGAUGGUUACCAAUUAAGUGCUUGAUGUAUGUGUUUCGUUUGGUGCUGUAGAUCCCAGUGAAAUAUUUUGAAUUUGUUCAAUGUUUAAUACAGGUAAAAUAUAAUUUUUGGAUUACA